AUGUCAAAUAUGAUCCCAUUGUUCGGCUGCAAAAGUUCGAAGCAACCUAUUUUCUAUCGAGUGCAUGAUGUGUAUACUUUAGGGAUUGUAUUUGCUGAUUUUCCGGCUGUCGAUGUUGCAAAAUUGCCAUCUACCACGGUACUCGACAACUUCGGCAAUGAGAAGCAAAGAUACAAGAUGGAUUUUGUGGUGAAAAUGAAGAUCGGUUCUGCUGACGCCAUAUUUUCGAUCUGGCUUAAUGGCGAAUGCCUUGGGAGGACUCGAAUAUCGCACGAUGACGAGGAUGACUACGAGUCUGGGCUUGUGCCGUCCCAAUUGGGUAGCUGGCUCGAGACUUAA